AUGAAGACCUCGUUCCUUUCUCUCCUGGCCCUCGUGGCCAGUUCAGCCGCGACUCCCGCUGCCCGAGGUAAUAUCAGAGAUAUUUCGACACAGCAUGUGGGUUCGACAAAGCCCUGCAAAAACACCCCUACUUCGCGCCAUUGCUGGGGAAAGUAUAACAUCGACACAAACUACUACACCACGACGCCCGACUCAGGCCGGACCGUCGAAUACUGGUUGUCAGUUGAGGAGGGUACCUGCAAUCAGGAUGGAUACGUUCGUCCGUGCAUGACGUUCAACGGAACGAUGCCAGGCCCUCCAAUUGUCGCCAACUGGGGCGACAAGCUUGUCGUUCAUGUUACCAACAACCUGAAAUCAAAUGGCACCGCCGUCCACUGGCACGGUGCCCGACUACACCAUAGCAAUGAGUGGGAUGGAGUCCCAGGAGUCACUCAGUGCCCCAUUGCACCAGGGGAGUCGCUCACGUACGAAUAUCGGGUGACUCAGUACGGCUCAUCCUGGUACCAUAGUCACUUCUCGCUGCAGAGCACAGAAGGUCUGUUUGGCCCACUGAUCUUCCACGGCCCGGCCACUGCCAACUAUGAUGAAGACCUCGGUCCCAUCUUCCUGCUAGACUGGUCGCACAUCGCGACUUUUACGGCCUGGGAGGCGAAGCAGAAGUGGGGGAUCACGCACUCGCAAACGACCACACUGAUCAACGGAAUCAAUACAUUCGACUGCUCCGCAUCAUCGGACCCCAAUUGCGUGGGCGGUGGGAAGAAGUUUGAGGCUGUCUUCAAGCCUGGCAAGAAAUACCGCCUGCGUCUGAUCAACGCCGCGAUGGAUAGCCAGUGGCGGUUCAGUAUCGAUGGCCAUAAGCUCCAAGUGAUCGCAAAUGAUUUCGUCCCGAUUGAUCCCUACGAGACCGACAGUGUCCUCAUAAACGUGGGCCAGCGGUACGACGUGAUCGUGGAAGCCAACGCUACGCCUGGAGACUACUGGCUGCGUGGUGGAUGGGUGAAGUCAUGUCAGGGCGUGGCCAACGAGCACCCUGAUUCCGCCACGGGCAUUAUUCGAUACGACCCCUCCAGCAGCAGCGAUCCAACUAGCACGACCACGAUUGAGGCGCCAAAGUCUUGUGAUGACGAGCCCCAGACCAACCUCGUUCCUCACUUGAAACUGGACGUGGGAACCAUCGCCGACACAACGGUCGAGGAUAUCAAUGUGCGACUGACCAACGCGGCGGUGUUUCAGUGGACCAUCAACUCCAGCAGUCUUGUUCUCGACUGGAAUGAGCCCACCCUGAAGCGUGUCUUUGACAACGCAUCAAUAUUUCCCACACCCUACAACGUGGUCGAGGUUGAUAAGAAAAAUCCCCACGAAGACGAAUGGGCGGUCCUCGUUAUCGAGAACAAGGCGGCCGCGUUCUUUGGCGGUAUUGCGCACCCUAUUCAUUUCCACGGACAUGACUUUUGGAUCGUGGCUCAGGAAAAGACACCAUGGGACGGAACAACGGCGUCGUUCCAGACUAUCAACCCGCCGCGUAGAGACACUGCUAUGCUCCCUCCACACGGCUACCUGGCCCUCGCGUUCCAGCUCGAUAACCCCGGGGCUUGGCUCGUCCACUGUCACAUCGCCUGGCACGCUAGCAUGGGCCUGGCCCUUGAGUUUGUUGAAAGCCAGGAUUCAAUCUCCAUCAAAAAGAUUCACCGGAAGGCUUUCGAUAAAACAUGCAAGAACUGGUCGCAGUGGUCCGAAGGCGCGCCAUACCCGCAGGAUGACUCUGGAAUUUGA